GCCAGAGCUAGUUAGGGAGAGAGGCACUUAUACUUCAGCACCCAUACCGGAGCUAGCUGCAAAGCCAUCCAGGCAGCCGACCAAUCCAAGAAUGAAGCCAGAAGGAGAGGUGGAGCGGCCCCCCUUGGUUCCCAUUAAAGGGGUUCCCAUGAUCAAGUACUUUGCUGAGGUCUGGAGUGAGGUGGAACCCUUUGAACCGCAUCCAGAUGAUUUGCUCAUCUCCACAUAUCCCAAGUCUGGAACCACCUGGAUCAGCGAGGUUAUAGACAUGAUCCUUAAAGAGGGUGAUAUGGAGAAAUGCAGACAGAAUCCCAUCUAUGCUCGAGUCCCUUUUUUAGAGUUUAGCGCCCCAGGAGUCCCCUCAGGUAUUGAACUACUGAAAAAAUCAUCUCCCCCACGAAUGAUUAAAACCCACCUUCCCGUCCAAUUGCUCCCUGAAGGUUUCUGGAACAAGGACUGCAAGAUGAUUUACGUGGCCAGAAACGCCAAAGAUGUGGCCGUCUCAUAUUAUUACUUCUACCAAAUGGCAAAAGUGCACCCCGAUCCUGGAACCUGGAACGAAUUCCUGCAGUCGUUUAUGGCUGGAGAUGUGUCUUUUGGAUCCUGGUACGACCAUGUCAAAGGCUGGUGGGACAAGAGGAAGGAACAAAGGAUGCUCUACCUCUUCUAUGAAGACAUGAAAGAGGACCCACAGAGGGAGAUCCGGAAGGUCAUGGAAUUCCUGGAGAGGCCCCUUGACCCCCAGCUGGUGGAGAAGAUUGCCCACCACACCUCCUUCAAAGAGAUGAAGCAGAACGAGAUGGCCAAUUACAAGACCAUUCCCACCGCAAUCAUGGACCACAGUAUCUCCCCUUUCAUGAGGAAAGGAAUCACUGGCGACUGGAAGAACCUUUUCACAGUGGCUCAAAAUGAGAUUUUCGAUGAGCAUUACAAGAAGCAGAUGGAAAGAACAACUCUCCACUUCCGGACAGAGAUCUGAAUGCUCCGUCUGAGCUGUUUCCAAACUCCACCAUCUUAUUAACAGCAAGAUGGUGGUACUUUUAGCUUCUUUAAAUCUACCUACUCAGGUUCCCAUCUGAUGAUUAGAUGUUCAACUAAGAUGUUGGAGAACUGAAAAACGGAAGCCAUGAUUCAUGGAUUCUCUUUCACAUUCAGCUGCCUCUGAACACGCAGAAUUUCUAUGGUGAAGACAAACAUACGUCACUUGAGUACUGAGCUUGUUGUGGAUCUGCAUUUACCCCUUUCUGGACAGGCACACAUACUUCCAAUCCUCCAGACCAGCCGAGAAGUUACUGGUUCUUCCUGUUUCCUGUGUGGCAUGUUGAUUGGCUAACCCUUGAGGCAAUCAUGGAGUCACUGCUGCACUGUGCAGAGUUCUGAUUGGUUGGCCUUGAAAAUCACAAACCCCUCUCCUUUUUUUUAGAACAGUGCCUUCAAGUUUGUUUUUAAUGCCAAACAAAGAGAGACAAUGUAGCAUACUGGUUAGAACGUCAUCAGUAUCAAAUCCCUCACUUAGCUAUGAAGCUCACUGAAUGAUCUUGGGCCAGUGUAGAUCACAUGAUCUUGGGCCAGUGUGUAUCUCCUGGUUGUUUUGAGCCUAAAAUGGAGGGCGGGAGAAUAAACAUUUCAGUGGAUAAAUGUACUAGGUUCUUGGAGGAAAAAAAACUAAACAGAGCCCCUCUGCUUUCUCAAAGCAAUGGCCAAGUGGCCAAAAUCUAUACUGGAUAUAGAGUUGCCAACUUUGAGUUGGUAAAUUCCUGGAGAUUUGAGAGUGACGCCUGGGGAGGGAAC